AUGGGCUUUACCCUCGGCUUCGGACUGCUUACUGUCUGGGAAGCCUGGAAGCAGACGAGACGAAACCGAAACCCGUUGCGAAGUACAUACAUUUACAUGCUUUGGGGAGAAAUCGCGGCGAAUCUAGUCAUCACUAUAAUCGGCUGGGUUUUUCUAGAUGGGAUUAUCGGGCCGACUGUACCGGUGCUUUUCUUUAUUCUCUUCUGCUGGGUUUUCGAGGUGCAAUUGCUUAUGCAGAUUAUCGUCAACCGAAUCUCGAUUAUCGCCGAACAUCGAUCUACAGUCUUUUGGUUGAAAUGGGGGACCGCUAUUAUCAUCACUGUUGUCAACGUUGCCGUCUUCGUCAUUUGGAUUCCAUCCCAUACAGUUCCUCCCGUGAGCGAUACGUUUGUCAAAAUCAACGCAGUCUGGGAUCGCAUGUCCAAGGUCAUCAUUCUACUGGUUGAUGCUGGACUCAACUGGUACUUUUUACGGACAGUCAAGAAGCGACUAGUUGAACAACACAACUUAAAAAAGUAUGAGCCCCUUGUCGGCUUCAACGCCAAGCUCAUGGUUGUCUCUAUCCUUAUGGACGGUAUGCUCAUCGGACUCAUGUCACUCCCUAACCAAGUCGUCUUCAUCCAAUUCCACCCCGUCGCCUAUAUGGUCAAGCUCAACAUCGAAAUGUCCAUGGCCAAGCUCAUCACACGUCUAGCAAAGGGCGAGAACUCGGACGACUACUACCCAUCCCUAUCGCAUUCUGGUCACGUCCGAAGUGCUCAUAGAACGGAAGAUGCGGCCUGGACAAAUGGAGUAAACAACGUCCAGCUGACCCACCGGUCCAAGGUAGUCGCUGGUGACUCGGAUGAUGAUCUUCCUGGCAUGCCCCGAAACCACCACGGUCCUGGUAUCCAUCAGCGAACAGAGUUUCAAGUGACGGUCGAGAAUGGCUCCAAACAUCAUCACUACAAAGGGGGCUCCGACACAGAUGAGGCUCCCUUGACCUCCCAUACGGGACACCCCAAGCAAAUGAUUAUUGAGGAGGAAAGCCGAAAUACCUCAUUAUCAAGCUUUAGGCAAUCAUAA